CACUUCCGGUCGGGACGCUCUAACUGACAACAGGGACUAUGGCGUCCAGCUCGGACCGGAAUCCUCCUCCUUUCCCAGCAUCAGAGGAGCCAGAGCCUGUGCAGUGUGACAUGGCAGACGGGGACAGCGACGAAGGAGAGGACAUUUUUGUUAACAACAGCCACCCGGCUUCCGUCAGUCGAGGAGUUUCUCAGCCAGAGGAGCCCGCGGACCUGUUCAGUGAGGAGGCCUCCUCUGCCAAACCUAACGGAGUUCAUUCUGAUGAUGAUGAUGAUGACCUGUUUGCAGAAGCACAAGCAGAUUUAAACUCGGAAACAACUGAAAGCUCAGCUCAGAAGAAUGUCUCCACCUCCUCUGGCCGUCCGUCUUCUCGAAGCCCUGCUGCUCUGCAGCCCACCUCCUUGGAACAGCUGGAAGAGGACGAGGCCAAGGAUAGCUUCGAUGUGGAUGUUGCUGUCACUAAUCCAGAGAAAGUUGGAGAUGGCAUGAAUGCAUAUGUGGCCUACAAAGUAUCCACCAGGACAUCUCUGCCUUUGUUCAAAAGUAAGGUCUUCUCCAGCAGGAGGCGUUUCAGCGACUUCUUAGGCCUUUAUGAAAAGCUCUCAGCCAAACAGUCGCUGCAUGGCUGCAUCAUACCUCCUCCACCUGAGAAAAGUGUUGUGGGAAUGACCAAAGUGAAGGUGGGUAUGGAUGACCCGUCAUCUGUGGAGUUUGUGGAAAAGAGAAGAGCGGCUCUGGAGAGGUAUCUGGAGAGAAUAGUGUCUCACCCGCUGUUACUACAAGAUCCCGAUGUCCGUGAAUUCUUGGAAAGAGAAAAUCUCCCCAGAGCAUUGAACACCCAGACGCUCAGUGGGGCUGGUUUCCUCAAAAUGAUCAACAGGGCUUCAGACGCCGUCAGCAAGAUGACCAUCAAGAUGAACGAGUCUGACACGUGGUUCGAGGAUAAAUUCCAGGAGGUGGAUACAGAGGAGCAGCAGCUGAGGAAGCUUCUCUCCGUCGUUGAUUCUCUGGUCAAUCAUAGAAAAGAGCUGUGUGUGAACACGGCCAUGUUUGCCAAAAGCAUGGCCAUGCUGGGAAACUCUGAGGAUAACACGGCCCUGUCCCGGGCCCUGUCCCAGCUGGCAGAGGUGGAGGACAAGAUGGAGCAGCUGCAUCAGGAGCAGGCGGGGAGCGACUUCUUCAUCUUCGCAGAGCUGCUUGCUGACUACAUUCGCCUGCUUGGUGCUGUGCGGAGUUGCUUUGACCAGCGUGUAACGGCAUGGCAGCGAUGGCAAGAGGCCCAGAGCACGCUACAGAAGAAGAGAGAAGCUGAAGCCAAGCUGCUGUGGGCUAACAAACCUGACAAGCUGCAGCAGGCAAAGGAAGAGAUCACCGAGUGGGAGUCAAAGGUUACUCAGUACGAGAGAGACUUCGACAGGAUUGGGAUGACUGUAAGGAGGGAGGUUCUCAGAUUUGAGAAAGAAAAGGCCAAGGACUUCAAGAGCCAGAUCAUCAAGUACUUAGAGGCAAUGCUGCAGUCUCAGCAGCGGCUUAUCAAGUUUUGGGAGGCGUUCCUGCCUGAGGCGAAGGCCAUAGCUUAAUGAAUUGGAUCUCCUUUCGUUUGUUUGUUUUUUGUUUUUUUUG